UGAGAUCCACCAUUUGAAAUUCAACUGUCGCCGUGUCAUGAAUUGAGCAAUUGAACGUGAAUUGUGAAUUGACAGAGGUGAAUAAAGAGUAAAGGACAUUUAAAAGACAUUUAACUACUAUAUAUAAUAUAUAUGUAUGUUUAUAUACAUAUAAAUUCUAUAAACAUUCUGUGAGAGUGCAAAGUGAAAUAUUUACAAGAACUUUCACAAGGUUUUAAAUCAAAUCAAAUAAAAUGAUUGUGGAAAAAGUGCUGGAGCGUGCUACCAGAUCGGAGCUGUACAGCGCUCUGGCCCUGCUGGUGCUCUCGCUGAGCAUUUACACGUUCUACACACAGCUGCAAACGUAUCUGAGGUCCGUGCUGCUGUCGCUGCGUCUCUCUGGGCCACCUACGCUGCCCUUUCUGGGCAACUGUAUGCUGAUCAAUGAGAAGGAUCUUAUGCGAAAACGCGCCGCAAACGCCUUCGAUCUGUAUGGCUCACUGGUGCGCAUUUGGGUGCUGUUGUUUCCGUUCUUUGUGGUGCUGCAGCCCGAGGAUCUGCAGGUCAUACUCUCCUCCAAGAAGCACACCAACAAGGUGUUCAUCUACAGGCUGAUGCACAACUUUCUGGGCAACGGUCUGAUCACCAGCAGCGGCGACAAGUGGAGCACGCAUCGCAAGCUCAUACAGCCCGCAUUUCAUCUCAGUCUGCUGGAGAAGUUCAUUGAUACAUUUGUGGAUGCGUCGCAGUCGCUGAACGAGCAUCUGGAUGCCUCAGCUCUGGACAUGGAGGUCAACAUAGCCAAAUAUGUCAACAACUGUGUGGUCGAUGUGCUAAAUGAGGCUGUGCUUGGCGUGCCCAUCAAGAAGAAGGGCCUCAUGGAGGAUUCGCCGUUUCGCAAGGGCAAACUGAUGAUACGCGCACGCUUCUUGCAUCCCUGGCUGCUACUGGACGCCAUCUAUCAGCUGACAUCGCUGGCCAGCGAUGAGCUGAAGCAGAAGAAGCGUCUGAACGAUUUUACGCGCCAGAUGAUUAAGAGACGUCGUGAGAUUAUGGCCGAUGCGGCCAACAAUAAUGUGGAGCGCAAAUGCUUUCUGGACUAUAUGAUUGAAAUCUCCGAGAGCAAUCCGGACUUCAGCGAAGAGGACAUUGUCAAUGAGGCGUGCACCUUUAUGUUGGCUGGGCAGGAUUCGGUUGGCGCUGCUGUCGCCUUCACCAUUUUUCUGCUCGCCCAGCAUACGGAUUCGCAGGCGCAAUGCUAUGAGGAGCUGGAGCGCAUCUUUGACCACACCAAUCGGGCGCCCACAAUGAGCGAUUUGCGCGAGAUGCGCUACUUGGAGAUGUGCAUCAAGGAGGCACUACGUCUCUAUCCCAGCGUGCCACUCAUCGCCCGCAAGCUGGGCGAGGAAGUGCGUUUGGCCGACUACACCUUGCCGGCGGGCAGCAACAUCUUCAUUUGCCCAUAUGCCACACACCGUCUGGCGCACAUCUAUCCCGAGCCGGAGAAGUUCAAGCCGGAGCGUUUUAGCACAGAGAACAUGGAGCAGCGGCAUCCAUACGCCUUCAUACCGUUCAGUGCUGGACCGCGCUACUGCAUUGGCAAUCGGUUUGCCAUCAUGGAAAUCAAGACAAUUGUCUCCCGCCUACUGCGCAGCUACCAGAUCUUGCCCGUGCCUGGCAAAACCACCUUCGAGGCCACAUUCCGCAUCACUCUGCGCGCCUCGGGCGGUCUGUGGGUGCGACUGCGGCCACGCCAGCAGCAGCAGGAGACGAUAUAGUGAACAACAAUGGAAGCCAAUUAGUGUAGGGAACGAGACGAAGCCAAUUGUUGUGGGCUGAUCAAAAAUCUAUCUAGAGAAGCGACAUGAGAAGUGGGUCCUCGCUUCGCUCCAUCCUUUUAGCGUAGCUUUAAUCAGUGACUACAUUCGAGAAGUUUGAGGCGGCACAAGUGCAAUUUAAGUGGAGCUCAAACAAGGCAAUGCUUCUUUCAGUUAAUCUUUGUUUAAAUUUAGUAGACGAUCUUUGCUUCUUUCCUCAAACUCAGCUUCAAAUAUGUUAGGAACUAAUUGAACUACUUUCGAAAAGUUUGAGGUGGGAUAAGUAAAAAUUGCGUAGAGUCCUGGCAAAGCAAAGCUUCGCGCUGAUAGGUUUAACAAUUGUUGAGAGCUUUUAAGUUUCUUUUUAUGCUUCUUCCUCUAAGCUCAGCUUAAAUGCUUUGGAGAGAUGAUAGCAGUUAGACUACAUAUGAGAAGUUUGAAGCGAAGAACUUGCAAACGAGUAUUAGAGUCGAAGGUAGCAACCUCAACAUUUUUCUUAUACAACUUUAUAACUUAUCUAACUGUAUAGAAAUCUACAUUGAGCGAGAAUCAAGCAUUUAAAUAUUAUUAUUCCUAAGCUUGCCUCAUGUUUGCCUUUAAUCAAAUUUAAAGAGAGAAACAAUACGCAGCACGAUAAACACUUUACUUCCAAUAAGGCUUCUCUCUUUAUGUUUAGAUUGAGCUGAUUGUUGUAACUUACUUUUGUUAGUCGCAGCACAAACUUCUCGUUCGUAGCCAACCCCUUGAAUAAUUGGUUGGGUCUACAUAUGGAUGCUUGCCCAAUAAUUUUGACAGCGUUUGGCUUCGUUACAUUAACUUUAAUUAGUAUGGUAAAUAGAUGUAUGUAUAUAAAUCGAUACAAUAAUUUAAA